UUUUUUUGGUUGUCCCACUACAAGUGAUUGAUUUCCAUGUUAUAGCCAAAAGCCUAAUUACAAAAUAUCUGAUCUCUCUUAUUUUACUCUCUUUAUUUCUCCUACUUUAUUCACUCAAUCUCCCGUGCCAAAAAGAAAUCAAUCACAUGCGGUGGGACAAAGGGAGUACGUUUCUUUUUUCUGGUUGAAGAUAAAAAUCUCAUUUCCCAAAACAAAAAACGAUAACUAAUUUUGUUGUUUUAAGGGCAUUGAUAGGUUUGUGAUUUUGUGUUGUGUCUGGUGCUGGUAGUAUCGGAUUAACAGCUAAUAAUUUUGGCUCGGCAGGUAAGGAGAUCUACGAUUUAUCUCACAGAAAUUUCUUCUGGUUGGUUCCAACAGGCAACCUUUUUGCAUGAAAACAACAACUUACAAACAUUUCUGUCAAACAUUUUCUGAGAUUAUAGUAGCUGAUAUGAAUUUUGUACUGUUGAAGCAGUGGGGCCUUCAAAUUUUGGAUGAUGCCUUUUUACUAAUAUUUGAAAAACUGCACUUAAGAUUUUAUGUUGUUAGCAUGUGAAUUAGUUUUCCUAGUUCUUGAAGUUUUCUCUGAUUGCACACUGAGUGCAAUUUGUAUUUUUUUUUUACAAGAAAUGCAUUAAAAAAGUAGCUCUAACUUACUUUGGAAAACUGUCUAAAUUCCUUAGGUGAAUAAUACCAACAAAGACACAACUUAGUGAUUGUCAUGUGCAAGGGACCACUAUGAAUUAUUGGUUGAAGGCUAUAUUGCCUUUUUUGAAGUUCUUCAUUGUUUGGUUUUAUAAAAUUUUUCUCUUUCUCUCUCUAUCAAUCAUUUGCUCAUUUUUCCUGCUUGGUUUAUCUUGAUCUGCAAAAAUCAUGCCACAUAAACUUCUAAAUCUUGAUCACUCGUUUUUUCAGCUUGGUUUAUUUUGAUUGGCAAAAUCUUCUCACUCAAACUUUUUAACUGUGAUCAGCAAAGAUGGCUUAUGCUGCUGUUCUUUCCCUUGCCCAAACUGCUGGAAAAGUGAUCUUGGAUCAAGAUAGAUAUUCCAUUUCUCGUAAUAAGAAACAGCAAAUUCGAUCUAUCUACGAACCAUUUAUAUUCUUGCAAGGGUUUCUUGAAGAUUUUCCAGAGAAGGCCAACAUUGUGGAUGGGAGAAUCCGAGAUUUAGCAUAUGAAGCAGAAGUUGUUAUUGAGUCUUUCAUGCUGGAGGAAGCUCCAACACAUUGGUGGACAGUUUUAGCUUCCAAAUCCAAGUUUAAACACCAAAUGAGAAAGAUCAGAGCAGAAGCAGAUUCAAUCACAAGGGAAGUGAUGGCCAUAAAGAAUAAUAGCUCAGAUGCAGUGCAACUUGGUGAUUCUUCUGUAGCAGGUUCUUCGCCUUCUAGACUUGCUCCAGUUACCAAGAUUGACUAUGUGGUUGGUUUACAUGAAGAUUUGUUGGAAAUAAAGUCACGACUCUGUGGAGAAUCACCCAAUUUACAAGUUAUUACAAUCGUUGGAAUGGGAGGCAUUGGUAAAACCACUCUCGCAAAGUGUGCUUAUGAUGAUCCACUUACGGUGCAGCAGUUCGACAUUCGUGCUUGGGUGACAGUAUCACAGGACUACAAUGCAGAGGUGAUAUUUUCAAGCCUCCUAGCUUCCAUGGAAGAAUUCAACACAGAAAGCUCUGAGCAAAGUAGUGAAAGCGUGUUCAAAAUCUUGAAAGGCAGGAGGUAUCUCAUUGUAAUGGAUGAUAUUUGGACAACUGAGGUUUGGGACGAUGUAAGAUGUAUACUUCCCGAUGAUGGUAAUGGAAGCAGAGUCAUGUUAACGACUAGAGAAACUGGUGUGGCUGCUUAUGCUGAUCAUUUGAGCCCUUUUCACAAGAUGCGUUUGAUGGAUGAUGAUCAAAGUUGGAAUCUACUUCGACAGAUGGUGUUUGCACAUCAAGAUUGUCCUCCCGAAUUGGAGAAUAUUGGAAAAGAGGUUGCGAGGUGCUGCAAAGGGCUGCCCCUCACAAUCGUGGUUGUUGCUGGGAUACUAUCCACAAUGGACAGCAAUCUAGCUUCAUGGAGAAAAAUUGCACAAGAUGUAAAUUCAGUUACUGUAGGAGGACAAUGUGAAAAGGUAUUGUCUUUGAGUUACACCCAUUUGCCUCAUUAUCUGAGGUCAUGCUUCUUGUACAUGGGAGGCUUUCCAGAAGAUUAUGAGGUCCCUGUCUCAAAACUUAUCAGAUUAUGGGUAGCUGAGGGAUUUUUGAGACGCCCGAAGGGAUCUAAAACCUUGGAAGAAGAGGCAGGGGAUUGCUUGGAGGAUCUUGUCAAGAGAAAUCUUGUUUUAGUCACCAAGAGAAAGUUUGAUGGAAGGAUCAAAAGAUGCAGCCUCCAUGAUCUGAUGAGAGAUCUGUGCAUAAGAAAAGCAUGUGAAGAGAAGUUUCUUGUGAAUUUCAGUAGGUGGAAGGCCCAGAAUGUGACAAAGUUGAUUUCAGUAGAGGGCAAAAACAAUCUGCGCCGUGUCAGUGUAACUCCUUCGAGCUUACCUUACAUUUUAAAAUUGUACGGCUUAACCAUCCAUACGAUUUUGUGCUUCCGUGGCAUUUCAGUAGAAAACAUGUUGGAAAGAUUUAGAUUACUUAGGGUGUUAGAUGCGAGAGAUGUUUAUGUUUCUUUAUUUCCUGAUGAACUAUUCAAUCUGUUUCAUCUGGUAUACCUUGCUAUAUACAUUCAUGGAAGGAUCCCUUCAGCCAUUUCGAAGCUUCGUAAUCUUCAAACUUUGAUCCUUCGUGCAGCGAACGAAUGGACGCUUUUUAGAUCCCAUCGCAUCUGUUUACCACAAGAAAUUUGGAUGAUGCCACAGUUAAGACAUCUUGUCUUCUGUGGCAGGUUACCUGAUCCCGAAGGAAGAACAGCUUCUGGUCUAAAUAAUCUUCAAACACUUUCUAUAGUGUCACAUGCCAUGUGUAGUGAAAGGAUUUUGAGAAUGAUCAGAAACCUAAAGAAGUUAGAGAUUGAUUGCAUGGAUAGUCGUCCAGGUGACAAUUAUCUUAACAAUUUAGUACAUCUGCGUAGACUUGAAGAUUUGAAGUUACGUUCAUCCUUUGGUGGUGCAUUUUGCCAAAAGGAUAUCUUUACCUUUCCUAGGAUGCUGAAAAGGCUGACCUUAAGUCGUGUGGCUCUUCCUUGGGACGAGAUGACAAUUGUUGGUUCGUUGCCAAAUCUUCGAGUGCUGAAACUAACUCAUCAGGCUUGCAAAGGCUACAGAUGGGAAACGACUGAUGGAGAGUUCCCUCUUUUGGAAUUUCUGCUUAUAGAACAGUCAGAUCUCUUGCACUGGAUAACUGAAAGUAGCCACUUUCCGAUGCUGAAGCGCCUGAUGCUCGAUGACUGUUGGCAGCUUGCUGAGAUACCUGAAGAUAUCGGGGAAAUUCCAACCCUUGAGCUGGUUGAGGUGAAGGGAAGAGCAAAGAGGUCACUUGUGAAUUCAGUCAAGCGGAUUCUCGAGAUCCAACGGGGAUGGGGAAAUGAUACCCUUCAAGUCGUUGCAUGACUCAUCGGUGAAUCUGCUGCUGAUCAGUAGUUGCAUUUGCCAUCUGAGUUGGUCAGAACCAUGCUCGUUGUUUUCUUGAAGGAUUCGUUUUCUAGUUGCUUCUUUGUUAGUUACGAUCAUUGCUGCGAUGUAUGAUUCAUAUGAUACCAAUGACAACCUUGUUCAGUUGCUUCUGCUUCUGGUUUUUUGUUGAGAAGAGCAAGUGUGGCAAAAGCUUUAGGUAUCAUGAAUGCUACUUAUGUGUACAACGUAGUUGUAGCUUUGGAGUUUUUUUACUAGUGUUGGUUAUGAAUAACAUAUGGAAGCUGAUAAAGAAGUGAGGGUGGAAUAUGGAAAGAAGUGUGUUUAUCCGAGGCUAUUUCUGGGCUGGAACGAAGCUAAGAUUUAUAAGAAUCGACUGUUGAGUUAUAACUUACGAGGCUUCUUUUUUGUUGUACCGACUUAAAAACUG